UCUUAAAGAUGACUCAUUGUGGGUACACAUUUUGCUUGAUAUGAAUAUUUCCAACACAUUACAGAUCAGACCAGUAGUAAAGCUGGAAAGACGCUAAACAGAUUCCAUAUUCCAUAUAUCUUUAUUGUCCCACUAUGGGGAAAUUCGGUUUGCAGUCGGAGAUGCAACGCCAAUGAUUCACACUCAUAACAAAUGAAGUAAAACAACAAAUAAGACAAUUGAUACAACCAAUUUACCUGAAAUACACAUAGUUUUUUUCAAAGAGCAGAUAGAUUGACCGCAGUAGCAAGUUUAGGGCCGGGGUAGAGAUUUACGAAAAUCAGUCGCUAUUUGCUGAACACUAGAAAGCUGUGUGAAUCUCCAGUGUUUAUGCAAACGAUCGUAUUUUAAACAAAACUGGAUUCGUUUAAUUAAGAUCACUUACCGAUCACUAUGAAAAAAUCAAUUAUCGAAGCGUCGGGGAUUGUGUUCAUUUAAUUUCAUCAGUUGCCUAUAAUUACUUUAAAAUGGUACACUUUGCCAACGUAAUUUUCUGACAGUAGGUAGCUAAUCGGUAGCCUAUAUAGCCUAUCAACAUUUAGUCUAUCGUGGCACUUUAAUCCCAGGCACAAUUCAUAGUUGAGAACAUCUAAACUGAUUUGACUUACUUGAUAUUCAGAUGAAACCAUUUCAAUGUAAUUUAUAUUCUGGGUUUGAUAAACCUAGGGGGCAUGAAGUGGUCCAUAGUUUUUGUUUUCAUCAAGAUCCAUUUAUGAAUGACGUUUUUCAAAAUGAUUCCGAUAAGAUGUAGCCCAUUCAUACCUUCCACUGUGUAGGCUACUACCAUGCACAUUUAUGAUCACCAGCUUGUGACGUCAAAGUAGUAUAUUUCUGACCCUCUGUUACGUCAUCAAAGUUUAGAUAUAUCAUAUAUAAAUUUCCACACCAAACAAGUAAAGUCAGUUCUUCGCCAUACUAAGGUUGUACAAGGUCUUACGUAUUCAGCGAAAGAACCAAGCGUUCAACAUGAUAUCUUCUGAAUCCGAACAGUACGACUACACGGACGAUUUAGGCUAUGGAAUGUUCGGCACGGUCGCGACUUACGAGCGGCAAAGCGACAAGAAAAUCGUUGCAGUGAAGAGACUGUUCCACGUGAACAGUCGGAUGGCCAUCCGAGAAGCACGACUUCUAUCUGCUCUCACGGCCCAUAACGCGUACAACCACCACAUUGUACGCUUCUAUGAAGGUUUUUCGGACGAUUUUUUCUUUUACAUAGUGGAAGAGGCACUGGAACAGAACCUGAAUAAUUAUCAGAAGACAAACGCGCUGAAAAGGUUUGAAAUCCGGGACGUCCGGACGAUUGUUCUGCAGCUGCUCAUUGCGCUGGCCAAACUGGAGGACAUGGGGAUCGUCCAUACUGACAUCAAGCAGGAGAACAUCCUGCUCGUUAACCAUGGCCGCCAGCCUUUCCGAGUGAAGCUGGCUGACUUUGGCUCCGCCAUGACCGCAAACGAGCUGGUUAAAAUGUGGACGCCAUACAUUCAGCCCAGAUUUGUUCGAGCUCCCGAGGUCCUCCUGGCCUGUCCGUGCAACCCGAAGAUCGACAUGUGGUCUCUGGGCUGCGUGAUGGGGGAAAUGGCAAUUGGCCGCAUGGUGUUCCCCUCGCUGUGUGAGCUGGAGCUGGCCCACAGCAUCUUUGGCACCCGGGGAAUGCCCUCUGCCGCAAUGCUGAGCUCGGGCAUCAAAACAAAGACGUUUUUUGAUUGGGUGGAAACCAGCAAGGGGGUAUAUGGCUGGCAGCUGAAGCCAUACAAUGGGAGGCAGCUGUUCUCGGGGACCCAGAGCUUGAGGGGGUAUGCGCCAGCCAACCUGGACCUACUGCAAAACAUGGAGGAACUAGAACACGGCUCAGAAGAGCAGGAUUUUGCAGAGCUGGCUGACCGCAGGAGCCUGGUGGACCUGCUUGACCGGAUGCUGGUCCUCGAGCCGGAGCAGAGGGUCGGCCCCGAGCCCCGCGCGCAGUCCUCGCUGCAGGCGUACAGGGAGGCGGGCGUGUGUCCGCCCCAGGACCGCGCGUGGAACUGCGACUCCUCCUCUGAGGAGAGCGACCUCGAGGUCCCGAAGGAGAAGAGGAGGCGCUCCGUGAGACGGUCGCUGCUCUCGUUCUUCUCGCGCCUCUUCUCACGCCGGCGCAAGAGGCAGCCUGCGGCCUCUCAGGUCAACGUAGACCCCCCGGAGGGUCCCAGCUCUGCCGCCCGCGGAGGCCAGCCGGCCCAAAACCCCGUGACGACGGAGCAGCAAAGCCCGGAGGCCUCGAGCAGCAGUUCAGCCUUCGAGUCCGAGGAGAGCAGCACUGAGGACAGCGGCAGCGCUCUGGCCGCCCCCGAGGGGCCCCCCAAAAAGAGGGGCUUCCUGAAGUGGCUGCGGACCCGCUUCUCGGGAUGCCGGGGCAAGAAGUCCGCCUCCACUCCGGGCAGCAACAGCAGCCUGUAG